UUUUAGUCGAAGUCAGGACAUGGCUGUGCGCUGAAUGCAAAUAGGGUUUCGAGACUUUGCUCGAAAAUUGGUAGGCGCGAUAGGAGCCGAGUUGAACCAUCGCCUCGAGAAGACUGAACGUUUCUACGCUGGCGCCAUUGAGGGCGUCAAGGCGGCAGCUCCCAACGAAGAGGAACCACGUUCGCGUAGGGAGCCAGUCAAGGUCAAAUUCCCUGAUUCCUACAGUGGGAAGAGGGAAGAGAACUUUGACAACUGGGAGGCCAACAUCAAGACCUACGUGCAUCUGCAACAGGUCUCCCCAGAUCAACAAGUUUUAAUUGCGAUCCACGCACUUAGAGAUGAGGCCGCCAGUUUCGCAAGGUCCCUUGUUCGCGCUGCCAACUGCAGUGACGAUCCAGUUGCGUAUUCCUCGUUCACUUCCCUCACUAAGUUCAUGAAAUUGUUGCGCGAGCGAUUUCCUGAUGUCCCUCGAAGUGUCAAAGUCUCGAACAAGCUUCAAACGAUCCAUGCCCGUAAGUGGAAGAGUGUCAGGGCACUCAAGAGCACAAUGGACGAACUAGUAGUUGUCCCUGACCACGGGGUUACAGACACCCAGUUGGUUGCCCUCUUCUAUAGAGCGAUGCCCGAAGCUUUUUGCGGGCACUUCUUCGCGAAGAGCGAAGACCCUGCCACCACUUACGAUUCCCUUAGCCGUGAAGUGGUGGCCUUCGAGGCAAAGUCUGUAACAAUCUCCACCUUUUGGCACAAAGAUAUGGAUAAGGGGAAGCAAUGGAAGGGCCGCACUAUCUCUGGGAAGGUGAAGACUAAGGAUAGUCUUCUCCUAACUCUAGACGAGGGUAGUUUGAAUGAGAUCCCCUACGAUCAGAUUGAGUGGGGGUUAGAGGAGGAGGACAACGGCGUGGGCCAGGGGAGGACUUACGCUGCUAUCGCAGCUAGAGGGAGGCCGCAAGGAGGAGGACGAGGCCAGGGCCAAGUGCGCCAGGCCUCAGGGGGGCGUUUCCAGGGCGAUCAGGGGGUUGGCGGCAGAGGAGGAAACCGCCAAGCGAGAGGCAGGGGUCAAGGUCCCCCGCAAAACCAUCCUAGGAAUAGGUCUCCCUACAGGGCGUAUUUUCGCCUAGAGAAGGAUGGGAAAGUGGAGAAGGUUCUCCACUCCCUGACUCUCCUCAUAGAAGUCAGCCUCCCAUUUGAUAUUGUCCUCGGAAUGGAUUGGGGAGAGGCAGCCGGGGCCACGCUCCAUCUGAAGGAGCACGAGUGUAGGCUCCCUAGUUCUUCAGGCGAGGCUAAGACUGCCCGCCUGUUCCAUAUGUCAGGAGUAGAGAAUUCCUUGGCGCAUUGCUGCCUUAGUGCCCCUGCGUUCGCCAGACUAGUGAAGAAGGAGAAAUUGGAGGAACAGGUCUUUGUUGCCUAUGUUAGGCCAGUGACUAAGCCUACGGAAGAAAGGCCGAUGGACCCUGCAAUUGCCAAGCUGCUGGAAGAGUUUAAGGAUUUGAUUGAGCCGCCGACAGGCACAGUGCCGCGGCCCAUCCAGCACCGUAUCGAGAUAGAGCCUGGCAGUAGAACUCCUAAGGGUGCUGUGUAAAGGAUGUUCCCGCAUGAGUUAGAGGAGCUUCGCAAGCAAUUAGACGAGCUCCUCGAGAAGGGUUGGAUUAGGCCCAGUUCGUCUCCUUUUGGAGCGCCUGUUCUCUUUGUUCCUAACAUUGUUCCUAACAAAGAGCGAGAGCUAAG